AAGGCAUGUUUCGGCCCUAGGGUGCCCUCAUCAAGGCCUUUGCCAUGAUGCUGGAGGGCGCUCUUCCGCGGCGGCCGGAAAGAAGACCCGCCACUGCCAGGCGGCCACGGCGAAGCACGGCCUUUGCCUUGGGGAACUGGGGCCCAUUGGAGCCAACGCCCAGCAGGCACCAGGACCUGGAGAGGGACCUCCACGCGUGCACAGUGCUGCACCGCCUGGGCGCCCAGGAUGAGGCAGAGGCGCUGGCAGCGCUACUCACCGCCGAUGCCAAGCUGGGAGGCCACCUUUGUGCGCCACAAUGGCUGGACGAGGCCGGACGCUCGCCUCUGCACUAUGCUGCAAGGGCAGGGGCGGCUCGAACAACCCGCCUACUGCUGGAGGCAGGUGCUCGGGUGAACGCCGCAGAUCACUUCGGGUACACUGCGCUGCAUGAGGCGGCCGCCACUCCCCGGGAGGUGCUGACCCGGGUGGAAGUCGCCUGGCGACUGCUGGACGCCCAGGCGGAGGUGGGCCCAAAGCCCCGGCUGCAUGGGUCCUCCCCGCUGCACCUGGCGGCGCGGCACGGGCACGAGGCCCUGGCGGCGAUGCUGCUCCAACGCCUCGCGGACCCGGGGGCCCGGGAUGCCGCGGGCCUCACAGCUCUGGAGGUGGCCAUCAGCCACCAGCACCACGAGGCUGCGCGCCUGCUGGAGCAGUUCCGGCCCCUGAGCCUGGAGCUUGGGAAGGAGAGAUCCGCCAUUCCGGACGGUGGCGUGGUGUGGGUCCGCAAGACCGCUGCAGCGGCGGAGGUGUGCGGCCGGGCUUGGGCUGCCUUCGGGCGCCAUGCGCUGGCGCCCUUCUGUGAAUGCGAGGUGUAUUUGCCAGGAUGGCCAGUGGAACUUCCGCAGGAUGCCAGCGACUUCCUGAGGCACCGGCGGUGCGUACACAUUUGUCCCAUAUACCAGGCGCCUUGGGAGCUUUUUGCGGCGGACGAGGAUCCAGAAGAACUCCCUUGGACCCGACUUUGGGCACGACCUUAUCGCUGCACUCUGCGUGACUUGGCCUGGAAGCCAACGGCAUGCCGUGGCUGGCAGGUGGCAGAGCUUUCAAACUCCAAUGCGCUGGCGGCGGCGCUGAAGAAUAUCUUCAACCAGGGCGCCCGCCGGCUGCAGGCCACCCCGUUGCCGCUUCGGCUGCUGAGCAGCGCUCAGUGGCUGGCGGCCUUUCAGGCAGGCAUUGCCCACUUGGAGGGUCAGAUGUUCUUCUCCAUCCAGCAGGACCCUGGCCUGGUGCAGCGUUUGCACGCCUUGAGGCUCCCCGCCCCGGACGUGGGCAGUUUGAGUCCCUGGGGCGGCCUGGCGCGGCCAGCGGAGCUGCUGAAACUGCUGGAGAGCCAUGCGGAGUGUGUGUGCGGAGCAGCCCACUGGCGCCUGCAGCGCACGCGUUUGGCGCUCGCCUGGGCCACGGAGGACGUGCUGCGCCUGGAGAGUUGCGAUGGGCUGCCCUGGACGGUGGCAGCCAGCGGGGACCGGGCACAGCUCAUGCCGCCAGGGUGGCCCCUUGCGGGCGCUGGCGACCAGACCGUGGUGGCUGUCCUGGUGGCUUUUGCCACAUCUUACCCCACGUCGGAGCUGAGGAGCUACAGGCGCCACUUCUUUGGCCCCACCUUGCUGGAGCCGGGCUUCGACCUCCAUGUACUCUGCGGCGAGGGCCCGGCUGCCAAAGCGCAGCGCGCGUACCCGGCGGAGUACCAGCUGAUGGCAAUGGAGUCUGCACAAGUUCUGCCCAUCGCCGCUAUUGACGUGCGGCCGAAACAGGCGCCACCCACUCGUCUAGUGCCGGUGGGUGUGGGCAUCGGCGCUGGCGUGCAGGUUUGUUCAAGCAGGCUCCGUGAAUCAAUCGCUUAUGGCGCCGAACAGAACUGGCGUGCCCGGGAAGAAGACCUUCCGAAGUGAUUGCACGAUGAGUGACGCUGGCUGAAAAA